AUGCAUAAAGCUAAGCAAGAUAGAAGACUUAUUCAGUUCCUAAUGGGACUGAAUGAGUUUAUAAUGCAGUUAGGGUACAAUAUUCAUGUAAAUGCUAAUGCUUCUAGUACUAGCACCAGUUUUAGGACCAAUUAUGCUCCAUAUAAGAGCAGUGGAAGCAACAGACCCCCAAACAAUUUCAAUCUAUUCUAUGAAUAUUGUAGGAAACUCGUACACACAAAGGACAAAUGCUAUAAGCUCCAUGUCUUUCCUCCAAACUUUAAGUUCACUCAAGGGAAAAAUACAAGAACAACAACAAUUGCCCAUGGUGUUUUUGAAGGAAGUGAGGACAGACAUGGUCAUGAGAAAAGCCAAGUUAUAACCAAGAAACAAUUUGAUCAACUGGUAAACCCGCUAGAUCAUAUUCAAAUCCAAGAAGGAAAUAACAUUGAAAACAAAGCAAGAGAAGCAGUGAACAGUAUCAUAGGUGGAACUGUGAACUUUGUCUCUUCACUGAAGAGCCCUCUGGAGAUUGGAAGAGCACAAAAUGGACUUUACUUCUUGUGCUCAAGAUAUCAUACCUCCUAUCAUGCUUCUACUGUCUCAAGAAAUGGAUCAUAUAACCCUGUAUCUGGUCCUUCUAAUUUACCUAUUGUUUCAGCCAUUUCCAAGUCUACAUCAUGUAAUACUUUGCUUGAUGCUUCUAGUUUGCCUUGUAAUAAAAGGACUCUGCGCACACACACAAGUCCACUGGUAAGAUUCACAUGUUCAAAUAAUGUUUGUGAUCCAUAGUUCCAAAUCCACUUCUGCAUCUUCUGAUAUCAAUAAUUCUAUUUGUUAUAA